CGCGAGAGAGCGAGCUCUUCUCUGUUCGCUUCCCAAGAGCCUUCUUCAAUGGAAUUUGCUUCUGUUCAUGCAAUCUGUCUGCAUUUUAUUUCUUCUGCGAUUCAAAGAUGCCGCUUAUCCAGAGAGCUAUGCAGACUCUCAGUUAUUCUCAAGUGCUCUCCACCAUCCGAUCAUCUUGUUCUUCGAAUUUCAAUUUCAGAUACCGGCGUCGGAAGCUGCUUGGAGGAGUUUCGGGACUUGAAGUUUUCUAGGGAAGGCAUCGGUGCCGAAAAGUGGGAUGGAGUGCUUUCUGUCAGAACAACUAGCAUAUGUGAUAAUGAGGUAUAUCAUUAUCAGUUAAAUCUAAAAGAGAGUGCUUCUGCCAGAAGGCUGACCAGACUACCUUCAAACCCCAAGAAUGGGGUGAAAUUCAGUGGGACUGAAGUGUUUUUCUCCAUCUUCGAAAGUGUUGAGGUUUUACUGCCAGAGAUCAAUGCCUUCUUUCAAAAGAUGCUUGUGCUAAGGAUUCCUAAUGUUGCCUAUGAAGUGGUUGUUGAGCAUGAAGAUGCUUCUGGAUCACGAUGUGAAAAUUUAUUUUUAGCAAAUGAGCCCUAUCCACCACCUUUUUCAGCCUCAAAUCUUGAACGUUUGAAGUCAGGCCUUGAAGAUUAUGUUUUAAAGCAUGGAAAUAACUCAAAUAAGAAGUGUGGCUCUUGUUUUCCAAGUUUGGAGUGUGUCAAGGCUGGGAGUGGAAUAGCAUGCUGCACAGAAGACCAUAGGAAUGCUGGACGGAUGAUGGAAGCCAUUAUAGUGAUAAGUGAAAUAUCAGAGACAACUAGUUGUUGCUUCAGAACAUGUGGUGCUAAAAGUGAGGUUUUUUACUUCAAAGAUUUCUCACCUUCUGCAAUCUCCCCGUCAUCUAUGAAGGCAUUGACUAGCAUUGACUGGAGAAGUUAUGGGUUGACUUUGGCAAGUAUUGUGAAUCAAGGUGGCCAUGCAUUGCUGGAAUGGGAAGGCUUGCCACCGUAUGCUCAUAUUGAUAUUGUCCUCCACUGUUACCAUGAGCACAAGGUCAUGAUACCAUCGGUGGGGCAAAAAACUCAACUUGAUCGAAAUCUUAUAAAAAGAGCAGUGAAACUUGCAUUCGAUGAUUUGAAGGAGAAGCAUGCAGGAGUUCUUCUAAGUGCCCAUGCCCUCAAGAUUUGCAGUUAUGCCCCUGAUCUUGCAAAAACAAUGGCUGGCCUAAUCUUGUCAUCCGAUGACUCAGGCUUCCAGGAAGAAUGCUUUUCUCUUUUUGGCUUGCAGUUUCAGGGAGUUGGAGGUGAAAUUGUUGAAGAUUGUAUCAAGGAAAAGAUUAUCUCAAUUAUAGAGAUGAAUGACAGAAAGUCACACCAGAGAAGUGAAGAAGUUGCUCCUUUUCUUUUUAGAGAUGACUGCCUCCAGGAGCUAGAGUUGCAAGAAGAGGAAUAUGAAGAAGGCGAGGAUGCCUCAAGUCCCUUGGAUAUAUAGACGUAUCCUGUGCAUAAUGCCUUCGGCCAACCCGAGAUAACUGCAAAGUUCUACAAAAUAUAUAUGAACGUUUAUGUCAGUUGAAGAUGCCACUGUCAGCCCGGAAAGUGAAUACAGCAAGCUCCAGUCGUGGUUUCUGCUAGUUACAACACCAAGGUAUAAUUUCUAACCUCAAAUAAGUGUGGAUUUGGUGUUUUCUGGCCCGUUUGUGUCUGUAUUUUAGCCAACUGGACCAACUGAUGUUGAAACCCAGAAUACUCUCAACUGUGUAUUGGGAAGUCCAGCCUGGUUAUGA